CAGAGGACAGACACUUUUUAUUGUUCAUCAUGCCGAGAAAAAGAGAUACAGAUGAUGUUGACAUCGAGAUUGACGCGGAUUUGAGUGACAGUGAUGACGGCGCUACCAAGAAGAGAACGAACAGGAGGCAGGGAGCUGGAAGAGGAGGUGCAAGGGGAAGAGGCCGCGGGAAAAAACCAGCCAGCGAAGACGAAGAUGAAGACGAUGAGGAUGAAGCGCCCAGGGGACGCAGGGGAGCAAACAAGAAGAAGCCCGCCAAGAAACGUGGCGGUAGGGAUGAUGAUGAUGAGAGCGAGGACGAGGCUCCAAAGAGGAAGCCGAAAGGAGCAGCCAAUAAGAAGAAAGGAGGCAAAGGUCAGGACAGUGAUGAGGAGGACAGCGACGUAGACAAGGGAAAGAAGGGAAAGAAGGGAGGAGGGAAGAAAGGAAAGAAAGAGGAGGAGGACAGUAAGGGUAAGAAGGGGGAUGCCAAAGGGAAGGACAAGGGGAAAGACAAGGACAAUGACAAGGACAAGAAGAAAAAGAAGAAGAAGGACGACAGUUCCUCUGAUUCCGACUCAGAAUCUGAAGAGGAGGAGUCCAUGUCAGAGGGAGAGAUGGCCCGGCUGAUGGAGGAGGUGGAGGAGAAGAAGAAACUGAUCGCUAACAUCAGGACCAAGCCGUGGAGGAUGAAGCGGAGGCUCGUGCACCUGAAGGAGGCUCAAGAAUUUGUGGAUAAGUUUGAAGGAGCUCUGGGCAAAGGAAAGGGCAGGAAGUGGUACGCCUACAAAGUGAUGAUGGCAAAGAAAUGGAUCAAGUUCCAGAGAGAUUUCGAGAAUUUCCGAACCGCCUGUAUCCCCUGGGAGAGGAAGAUCAAAGAUGUGGAAAGUCACUUUGGGUCAUCUGUGGCAUCUUACUUCAUCUUCCUGCGCUGGAUGUACGGCAUGAAUCUGGUCCUCUUUGGUUUCACCUUUGGCCUGGUGGUCAUCCCUGAGGUUCUGAUGGGCCUUCCCUACGGCUCCAUUCCCAGGAAGACUGUACCUAGGGCAGAAGCGGACACCGCUCAGGACUACUCUGUCCUCAUGGAUUUCAACGGCUACUGCAAAUAUUCAGUCCUGUUCUACGGCUAUUACAACAACCAGAGGACCAUCGGCUUGCUGAAGUUCCGGCUGCCUCUGUCCUACCUCAUGGUGGGGAUCGGCACCUUCGGCUACAGCCUGAUGGUCGUGAUCCGCACAAUGGCCAAGAACGCUGAUGUCGGCGGUGGAGACGGAGACGAAGGAGAGUUCACGUUUGCCUGGAAGAUGUUCACCAGCUGGGAUUACCUCAUAGGCAACUCAGAGACCGCUGACAACAAAUACGCCUCCAUCACCACCAGCUUCAAGGAGUCCAUCGUGGACGAGCAGGAGAACCAGAAGGACGAAAACAUUCACCUGCGGAGGUUCCUCCGAGUCCUGGCUAACGUCAUGAUCAUCUGCAGCCUGGGCGGCAGCGGAUACCUCAUCUACUUCGUGGUGAAGAGGUCUCAGGAGUUUGCCAACAGGACGGACCUCAGCUGGUACGAGAAGAAUGAGUUGGAAAUCAUCAUGUCUCUGCUGGGUCUGGUGUGUCCUCCUCUGUUUGAGACCAUCGCUGAGCUGGAGGACUACCAUCCUCGAAUCGCCCUCAAGUGGCAGCUCGGGCGCAUCUUCGCCCUCUUCCUGGGAAACCUCUACACCUUUCUGUUCGCCCUGUUCGAUGAGGUCAACUCCAAGCUGGAAGAAGAGGAGUCCAUUAAGAACGCCACCAUUUGGGCCAUGAAGGAGUACUACGCUAACUACACGCGGCUGGUCAACGACAGUAGUGCCAUCCCACCCCCCAUGAACCCUGCUGAUGUCAUCCGAGGACCCUGCUGGGAGACCGCCGUCGGCAUAGAGUUUGUGAAGCUGACGGUGUCGGACAUCCAGGUGUCCUACCUGACCAUCCUGAUCGGUGACUUUGCUCGAGCUGUCAUCGUUCGCUUCCUCAACUACUGCUGGUGCUGGGACCUGGAGGCUGGAUUUCCGUCAUAUGGAGAGUUUGACAUCAGUGGUAAUGUACUUGGAUUGGUCUUCAAUCAAGGGAUGAUCUGGAUGGGUGCGUUUUAUGCUCCUGGGCUGGUCGGCAUCAACGUGCUUCGCCUCCUCAGCUCCAUGUACUACCAGUGUUGGGCUGUAAUGGCCACCAACGUCCCCCACGAGAGGGUCUUCAAAGCCUCCAAGUCCAACAACUUCUACAUGGGCCUGCUGCUCCUCAUCCUCUUCCUCAGUCUGUUACCUGUCGUCUACACCAUCAUGACCCUGCCGCCUUCGUUUGACUGCGGCCCCUUCAGUGGGAAGCAGAAGAUGUUUGAUGUGAUCAUGGAGACGAUCGACCUGGACCUGCCAGCCUUCCUUGGAACCAUUUUCAGCUACGCAGCCAACCCCGGCCUCAUCAUACCAGCUGUACUGCUCAUGGUACUGGCCAUCUACUAUCUGAACUCGGUGUCGGAGGCCUAUCAAAACUCCAACAUGGAGCUGAAGAAGAAGAUGCAGAUGGCUCGGGAUGAAGAGAAGAACCGGAGGAACAACACGGACAGCACCAACCAGGUCAUGAAAGACCUGGAGGACCUGCUGCCAAACCGAUCCCUCAUGCCCCCUGCUCCUCCAGAGCCUGAAAAGACACCAGAGCCGGAAGCUAAGCCAACUAAGACCAAGCCCGGGUCGGCCGGCAAAGGUAUUAACCUGCAGAAAGAUGUGACUCUGGCGUCGCCCAACCCCAACGCUCGAGGGCCGGUGAGCCGGCCGCCCGGGCCCAGAGGACCUGGAGCAAUGCCUGGUGCUGGACCGGGCCGAGGCCGCGGGAGAGGGAGAGGGGGCCCCCCUCCCAGAUAACGGUGUGAGAAAAAUCACGUUCCUGCAGGCUGUGUUCAUCUCUGUUCAUUUCACAGCUGGAGACAAAAACAGGGUGUUGAGCGAGUGGCGUUGCAGUUACAAGGACCUUCAUUAUAUGUCUUCAUAGUUCUUUACUGACAGCGGUUCAAAGUUUGCUGGAGGUCAUUUUUGAAAGCUACAACUCUAUAAACUGUAACCUACAGUACAGUUUUGCAACAUUGUUCUGUAAAAACUUAAAUUUUGUCUUAAGUAACUUAUAAUUGUGUUGUUGAUCCAUGUUGUCUGUGGGUCUAAAGAUGGGCAGACACUAUGCGUUGUUAUUAAUAUGUUAGCUCACAUUUUUCUGUACGGCCGCAACAUGCAUCUUUAAAGUGUAACUCUCGCCAAAAUGCAACCUAGGGUCUUUUUGUGAA